AUGUCGUUGUUAAAGGCGAUCAGUCGCAAGAAAAAAUUGGAAGGUUGGAUUUCAGAAUGCACAGAAUAAGUCUAAACUGGCGAUUUCAGAAGCGGCGUCGUUGGACUCGAAUCUGCGGAGAUGUCUCGGCCUGUUCGACAUCACCUUCUUGGCUUUGGGCCAGAUGAUGGGCGCCGGAAUCUACGUCCUCACGGGUUAACCCGAACUCGACAGCUUCAAUUAAUUAGGGAGGAAGUUCAGGCACGGUGGUCCGAAAUAUGGCGGGACCGUCAAUCAUAUUCUCUUUCUUAUUGGCAGGAGCGGCAGCUCUUCUGUCUGCUUUCAGUUAUGCCGAGUUCGGAGCCAGGUUUAUUCUAUUUUAAAGGAACGGGAGUCUCUCCUGAAUUCAAGCUUUAUCAAAUUCAAUUAUUGGCCUCAAAAAGUUUUCUACUUCUUUCAAUUUUCAAAAAGAAGUGUUUUGUGACGAAAUGUGUCGAUUGAAGGUUCCCAAGAGCUGGUAGCGCCUACACAUACACCUACGUCGGACUUGGUGAGCUGUGGGCCUUCGUCGUCGGUUGGACCAUUCUCCUGGAGUACAUGAUUGGGAACGCAGGUUUCCACGAGUCAUGAAAAACUCUUGAUCCUCUUUUUAAAGCUGUCGCCCGCUCCUGGUCGGCCUAUUUUGAUACUCUAGUGGACAAUCAGGUUGAGAACAUGACCGUCGGAGCCUUCGGCGAAUUUAACACGGUUUUUUCCCCUUCAAUCUCCGAUUUCACUGAAGAUAAUUCAGGCCGGAGGCUUUUUCUCGAGAUACCCAGACUUUCUAGCUUGCGCUCUUAUACUCCUGGUUUCCGUGGCUAUUUCUUUGGGCUCACGAAUCUCUUCCAAUGUCAACUCGACCUUUGUCAUUUUGAACAUUGUUGUGAGUUCUAUCGAUUAUUUCUAUCGGAAAAAUAACUUUGAAGGUGGUAUCGAUUGUCGUGAUCUGCGGAGCGACCUACGCGGACUUCAGUCUGUGGACGGGCACCGUUCCGAACGGAAACUACAGGUUCAUGCCUUUCGGGGUCGAAGGAAUGCUUUCCGGGGCUGCCACCUGCUUUUUCUCCUACAUUGGUUUCGAAAUGCUGGCCACGACUGGGGAAGAAGUGAAAGGUGAGCAUUUUUGCAAGGUGAUUGGAAAAUGAGAGCCUAGAACCUCGGAAAACCAUCCCACGAGCCACUUUUCUGUGCAUCAGCGUCGUGGCGACCAUCUACAUUCUCAUGUCUUCCACCCUCACUUUGAUGCUUCCUUAUGAAGACGUGAGUCUCAAGAAACUCCCUACGAGGAAAGUUCUUCUGGUGCGAAGUUUGGAAUUUUCCAAGAUUUUGUGAAUGGCUUUCUGGAAAAAAAUUCUUUUUUUUUAGUAGAUAGGCAAACUUUUUUUUCUUGGGAUUUGAAUUUUGAAAGUAGACGUUCAACACAAAAUCAGGCUUAAAACCAAUACUAUCCAAUUUCGAAAAAUCAUAUCUCUAAAACUAGAAGUUUCCGCAGCUAUGAGGAAGCUUCAUCUAGACUUUUGAUUAAUAAGGAGACAAAGUUUAUUUAGAAAAAUCCUCUUUUUACUUCAAAAAAAUAUCCAAACUUGUGAGUGACGGAAAACACCGCAGGUGCAUCCGAGGGCUCCAUUCGCCGAAGCUUUCGACGCCAAAGGAGCCACCGUCGUGAGGUACAUCAUUACGGCUGGCGCUCUGGCCGGAAUGAGCAACAACUUGGUGAGUUUCCCGAGCAUAGGACCGGGCAAAGAAACAUUGUAAAUUGAUUAUUUUAAGUUAGAAGGAAUUCUCAGAUCACCAAUUUUUAAUAAUAACGUAUAAAACAACGCGCAUUGAAACUUUUAACGACAAAACUUUGAAAAAAAUCAAAAAAAUUAUCUACGGUUCAAAUCCUGAAUUUGGCGGUAUCAGUGGAGCGCAACAAGUACAUGAUUAUUCUGCCACCGAGUGGAGAAAUAUGCGAGGCUCGUUUUCUGUGGCAAUUUUUGCUAGCUCGUUUUCGCCGUUUUUCAUGAACUCAAUUUUUCCCUACUUUUCUUUGUUUCAGGUAGCAGGAGUCUUCUCCCUUCCUCGUUCUGUCUACGCGAUGGCGGACGAUGGUCUUCUAUUCAAAUUUCUCGCUCAAGUCAAUAAGAAAACUCAGGUUUUUCAUAAUAAAUUAUUUUCUGCGUUUUUUUUCCUCGUGGAGUGGAAAAGAGAGCAUCUUUUGAACUCAAGUUGAUUCCACUGAAGAAACUCAUUGAAGGUCCCUUUGAAUGCGAUCAUCGUGUUCACACUGCUCAACGCGAUUCUCACGCUUGUCUUCGACAUUGAUUCCUUGGUAUAUUAUCAGUUUUUAUCCUGACAAGUCCCGGAGUGUUCAGGUAGAGUUCCUGUCGAUCGGGACUCUCUUCGCCUACUCCAUCGUCUCCGCCUGUGUUCUCAUCCUCCGAUACCAACCGGCGCCUAUAGGCAACGACUACAAAAGACUUGACAACGGUGAACUACUUGUAUUCCUUCUCAAUGAAACUCUGAACAGGAGGCACGCUUCGCGCCUGGAUUCCGUUCCGAAAUUUCUGGGAGUCUUUGCCGGCUGGCGGCUCGAUUUCCAUUGGCGUCGCCUUGCUCGUCUCGAGUUUCUUUUCCUUCAUCUUCGCUUUGAAAUUAGGUAACCUUUCUCCUACUCUAUUCACUAAGAAACGAAAAAUUAUAGCUUGUCUGAGCUCUUUUUUCUUUUUUCGUUCACAUGUGUGUUAAACUAUCUGAAAAUGCGCAGAAAACCAGAAACUUGGUCUCCCUGUCGUCAAAAAUUGCUUCAGAACUUUAUGGAUCUGUUGUGGGCAUGCUCCUUCUUUCGCUGAACCUCCUGGUGAUAGUUCUUCUGAUGCUUUUCAUCUUGGGGCACGAACAAAAUUCUCUUGAACUCAACUUCAAGGCAAGUUUCCUAUGAUCGGACUUCCAAUGAAGAUGUCACAGGUUCCCUUUGUUCCUUUCAUGCCGUGUCUGAGCCUGUUGGUCAACGUCGCCAUGAUGGCUCAUCUUUCGUAUCUGACUUGGAUCCGGCUCUUCAUAUGGAUGGCAAUCGGUGACCUUUUUUUCUCGUUCGUUCAAGAGUUUCUUCUUCAGGUCUGAUCAUCUACUUUGCCUACGGCAUCAGACACAGCAAAGAGGCCCGGAGACUGACGACCAUAGCCGACAUGAGAAUGUCCUCGACGUUCAGCCACCGCAACACUCUCAAGCAGUGA